ACCUUAUCAGCUGAACCAUUGGCCAUUCACAGGGCAGUGUUUGUGAAGGCGUAGUUCUGUUGUUUUCCUUUUUUCCUCAUUAAAAACCCACAAAAUGCUGAAACCCAAAGCCCUGACGCACGUGCUCAGCCAGGCGAACACCGGCGGAGUGGAGAACACGCUCCUGCUCAGCCAGGAAGGAGCCCUCCUGGCCUACUCCGGCUACGGCGAUAAGGAUGCCAGGAUCACGGCUGCCAUAGCCAGCAAUAUUUGGGCAGCCUACGAGAAGCAUGGCCGGAAUGCCUUCCGCGAGGAUCGCCUGACUUUCGUCCUGAUUGAUUGCGAAAACGGUCAUGUGGCCAUCACACAGGUGGCCAGUGUGCUGCUGUGCUUGUAUGCCAAGCAAACCGUGGGACUGGGUCUUCUGAAGCAAAAGGCCAUGUCACUGGCCUCCUAUUUGGAGCGACCGCUCAAGCAGAUCUCGGCCUCAUAAAGAUAACACAAUGAUAUACCAUAUUUCGUACUGAAGUCGUUUAUAAGUGUAUGCAUUAACAUUGAAAUUAAAUCUGUGAAUAGUCUUUCAAAAA